AUUACGAUACCACGAGUGUAUAAUGUUUGCAAUUUCGGAAUAAUAGGUACAAUUAAAUACGUGUGCAUCUGUAAAUAGAACGAUAGCUGAAUAAAAUAUAGUAAGCGAUCGUGAUGGUCGCAUUCUCUCAUUUUUAUCUAUUUAUCGUAUUAAUUAUGGUUUUAAUUUUAAUUUUAUUAGUUAUACAUCGCUAUCGUCCUAUCUUUCUAUCUUCUCCCCUUUACAAUGUCGAUCGAAUGAUUAACGUUAUUUUUGAAAAAGUUUAUAUUUAGUUAAAUAUGCAACACGUAUCUGGCAUUAAUAGUAUCUAAAACAUACGACAACGCACAUAUGCAAAUGCUAAUUCGAAUACAUAGAUGUAACUCAUGCACGCCUGAACCUGAACGUAUCUGUCGCACCUAGGUAACAUCAAAACAGUAUCUCUUUCUAUAUGCAGCAUUAGACAUAAUAUCGUGGAACAUGGCAUGGCACUGCAGUGGAAAUACAAACCAAGAAAUGGUAACCAAACUAAAAGAUGCAGGUAUUCUAACAACAGACAGAGCAGAAGCAGCAAUGCUUGCUGUAGAUAGGGCAAACUAUUAUCAUAAAUCAAAUCCAUAUCUUGAUCAACCGAGAAAAAUUGGUUACAACGUUACGAUUAGUGCUCCUCAUAUGCAUGCAUAUGCCUUGUCUAUCCUGUCUGAUCAAUUAUUCGAUGGAGCAAAAGCAUUGGAUGUUGGUUCAGGAUCUGGCUACUUGUCUGCAUGUAUGGCAUUUAUGGUGGGUUCUCGUGGUCGUGUGAUUGGGAUUGAUCAUAUUCCAGAACUAGUAGAAAUUUCUUUGAAAAACGUAAGCAGUGAUUGCCCUCAUUUCAUCAAGGAAGAACGCGUUAAAUUCGUAGUGGGAGAUGGUCGAUUGGGAUAUGCUACUGAGAGCCCUUACAAUGCGAUUCACGUUGGAGCAGCCGCGGAAACAUUACCACAACAGUUGAUAGAUCAACUGACACCUGGUGGCCGGCUGAUCUGUCCAGUUGUUGCCAUAGAAGGUUUACAAAGGUUUCAAGAUCUGGUGCAAGUUGAUAAAAAUAUCGAUGGUACGAUCACAAGAACGAAGCUAAUGCAAGUUUCCUAUAUUCCUCUUACUGAUCCUGCCACUCAAUUAAUGAACGAUUAUUAUUCUUAAUAAUAUCUUC